UCAAAACUUUGAAUGACUAGUCAAAACAUCUUUCGUUUAGAAGGUGCGAUUCAUAAUUCCUUUGUAUUAGUGAAAGCGGAGAGAGAAGGUGUACAGUAUCUAUCUUUCAUUUAGAAGGUACAAAAAUGGCUUUUGUCAACAGAAUUGGCAGUGUGCUAAAAAAUACUUUGAGCAAGCAUGUUCAGUUGGAAGUAUCAGCCUCCAAUCCAGUAUUUUUCCAGGCAAUAAGAAACAUGUCAUCUUCCAAGCUAUUCGUUGGAGGUCUCUCCUAUAAUAUGGAUGAAAUGAGUUUGAGGGAGGCAUUCGCUGGAUGUGGUGAAGUGGUAGAAGCUAGAAUAAUCAUGGAUCGUGAGACCGGUAGGUCCCGGGGAUUUGGCUUUGUGACCUAUACAUCAACUGACGAGGCAUCCAGUGCCAUCCAGGAACUAGAUGGCCAGGAACUUCAAGGUCGUAGGAUAAGGGUGAAUUAUGCAACAGAAAGAUCUCGGGGUGGGGGUUUUGGGGGUGGAUUUGGUGCAGGCGGUGGAUUUAACUAUGGUGGUAACUAUGGGGGCUCUGGAGGGUAUCAAGGUGGCAAUUUUGGUGGUGGUGGUGGUGGCAAUUACCCAAGAGCAGAUGGAAACUUUGGUGGAGGGGGUGGUGGGUAUGGGGGUAACAAUUACCCCACUGGAGGAGGAGGAUUUGGUGGCGGUAGCAGCUAUCCCAGUGGAGAUGGAGGAUUUGGUGGCAGUAACAAUUACCCCAGUGGAGGUGGUGGUGGGUAUGGUGGUGAAAGUGGCUUUUCCUCACCGGGAUAUGGUGGAACACCUGGGACAUACAGCGAUGUUCAAGAACAGGUUGGUGGAAACCAAAGUGGAACUGGAACUGAAAUUACUGAUUUUGGUGAUGAUAUGGAUGCAAACGACAGGAUUGAGAAUGAGAAUGAGGAGCCGAAUGAUUAUGCCAACACCAGGAGCUGAAUCCUUUCAAAUACCCCUCCAGUAAACAAUAUUAUUAUAGGAGCAUCCUCCACAAGCGAACAGAUUUUUAUACUUUCUGCUUUCAGUUUUGUGGUUUUAAUGUGACGGUUGUUUUUACAUGUGGAUCUAACCAGUUAAUAAAUGUAUUGCAUUGCAUAUGCAUCUUUUUAUUAGAGA